CUGAGGAUUUGUCUGGGAGAUCUGAGGUGAGAAAACUGAAGCUCUCAUCCCAAGUAGGGAAUCCAGGAAUGUCUAGUUCCUGCUCCAAAGAAAGGCACUAAACAGAAGACAUGGAUUUCAGGCUGAGAGGUAGACGCUUCUCCAUCUCAGUUUCCCUUGGGACAAAAGGAAUAAAGCCAUUGUUUGUUUUGAGAGCCUUGGUUUUGGGAACAAAAGAGAACAAAGAGAAACCUAGCAAAGGGGAAGAGCUGUGGCCAAGAUUUGCUUCAAUGAAACAACCUUUGCCUUCUCUUCCCUUUCCACAGAGGCUUUGAUUCCUGGAGAGCAUUACACAUAUCCCAUUCUUGGUCUUUAGCCACAGUUACCACAUGAUUUACUUCCCCUGGAACUGGGGCCAGAUACCUGGGCUCCCCAGGAAGGUGGGUGUGUGUGUAUGUGUGUGUAUGUUUGUGAGAAAAAAAUCGGGAGGGAAAUCCCACCUGCUGUGAGUCACCUGCCCAGCAUAAAGGGCAGUACAGAGUGGAGAGUUUAAAAAGACAAGAAGCAAGCCAGAGAGAGAGAAGGAGCCAGAGAAUUCACAAGGAAAGCAAAGAAUAAAACACAAAAUUGGAACUGGUCACACAGCAGUGAGGGAGGUCUAAAAGUCCCAACUAGCCAGGGAGAUGAAGUCUGGGCUCAGGAUGCUGCUGCUGCUGCUGCUGCUGCUUCGGACUACUGAAGGCCGUGCAGUGUUUGGUGGAAGAAAUGUGGCCUGGGAUUUGUGUCAGGAGCUGUCUCAGAAUGUUACUGCUUUGGCCUGGGGCAUUCACCCACAGAUGGGAAAUCUGGAGCUGCCAAGAGAGGAAGGCACUGGAGAAGCUGUGGAUGAUGUGCCCCGCAUCCAGUGUGGUGAUGGCUGCGAUCAUCAGAGUCUCAAUGACAAUAGCCAGCUCUGUUUGCAGCAGAUCUAUCGAGGCUUAAUCUUCUAUGGUCACUUGCUGAACUCAGACAUUUUCAAGGGGGAACCUUCUCUACUCCAGGAUGGUCCUGUGGGACAACUCCAUUCCUCUCUGCUGGGCCUCAGCCAGCUCUUACAGCCCAAGGACCAUUCCUGGAAGAAACAGCAGGUUCCUAGCCCGAGUGAGCCAUGGCAGCGUCUUCUUCUGCGUCCCAAGAUCUUACAGAGACUUCGAGCCUUUGCUGCCAUUGCUGCUCGAGUUUUUACCCAUGGGGCAGCCACUUUGAGUCCCGAAGGAAUGGAUUAAUACUACCUCAAACAUCAAAGGAUUAACAUGGAUUAAGACAGAUCUUCACUACAGGAAAAAAAUCAAGUAAUGCUGCGUUGUAUGCUUCUACUAUUGAUAAAGCAUCAUGAAUGUUGAUAACUACCAACACUGACUGCAGCCUGAAUGGCUGGGCCAACAGAUAUUUAUUUAGGAAAUUAUUUAUCCUCACGAGAGUUGUGUGUGGGGGAGAUAUUUAUGAUAUUUAUACUAAUAUUAAUUUUCUUCAAUAAAAACUUAUUUAUGUACAAAUUGAAUCUGCUUCUCAGAUGUGAGGGCUAAUGAGAGAAAGAUGGAACAUAAAUGGAAAACCAUGUCCUUCCUUUGAUUCAUCCUUCUAGCUUUUAAGUGAUUAGAGA